AUGACUGCUAAUUCCAAAUUUAUUGACUACAUUGAUGAAGCUUUGGAAAAAUCAAAAGAAACUGUACUAUCUCACUUGUUUUUCACCUAUCAGGGGAUUCCUUAUCCAGUCACCAUGUGCACCUCAGAGACUUUCAAAGCCCUGGACGCCUUUGAAGCCAGAAGCGAUGACAUAGUUCUAGCAUCUUAUCCAAAGUGUGGUUCUAACUGGAUUCUCCACAUCAUUAGUGAAUUAAUGUUUGCUGAUUCUAAACAAAAGUAUGAAUACCCAGAAUUCCCAGUUCUUGAAUGUGGGGACCCAGAAAAAUAUCAGAGAAUGAAACAGUUUCCAUCACCAAGGAUUUUGACAACUCAUCUCCAUUACGACAAAUUACCUGGGUCCAUCUUCAAGAACAAAGCCAAGAUACUGGUGAUAUUUCGAAACCCUAAAGACACAGCAGUAUCUUUUUUCCAUUUCCACAAUGAUGUUCCUGAUAUUCCAAGCUAUGGCUCUUGGGAUGACUUCUUCAGACAGUUCAUGAAAGGACAAGUUUCCUGGGGAAGCUAUUUUGAUUUUGCAAUUAAUUGGAACAAACAUCUUGAUGAUGAAAAUGUUAUGUUCAUAUUAUAUGAAGACCUGAGAGAGAAUCUGGCCACUGGAAUAAAACGAAUUGCUGAGUUCUUAGGAUUCUCUCCAUCUGGGGAGCAGAUUCAAACUAUUUCGGCACAGAGUACCUUCCACGCCAUGCGAGCAAAAUCCCAGGAAACACACGGUGCCGUGGGCCCGUUCCUGUUCCGCAAAGGUGAAGUUGGUGAUUGGAAAAGCCUGUUCAGUGAAACUCAGAACCAGGAAAUGGAUGAAAAAUUCAAAGAGUGCUUAGCUGACACUGCCCUGGGAACAAAGUUGAAGUAUAACUCAUACUGCCAGCCUUGAUUCUGGUCAACUCAGCUUAUUUUCCUUAAUAAUAACUGAAUUUAAAUAUCAAUAAGUACAUAAUAAUCUAAUCAAUAAUGAUAAUUAAA